AUGAAUGGAGGAGGGUUUCCAUCGAAUCUGCCGAUUAUGGAUGGGAAGAACUGGGAGAGGUGGUAUGCAUCAAUGAGAUCAUUGUUGGGAGCUCAAGAAGUGUUUGAGAUUGUUCAAGAUGGCUAUGAACAACUUGAUGCGAAUCCAACAGAAAGACAACAAACAACUUUCAAAGAUUGCAAGAAAAGAGAUUGUAAGACAUUGCUUUACAUCCAACAAAGUGUGGAUUCAAACAAUUAUGAAAGGAUCUCAAAUGUAUCUGUAUCAAAAGAGGCAUGGGAUAUCUUGGUGAAGUAUUACACGAGUGGUGAAAAAACCAAGAAGAUCAAACUUCAAAUGCUAAGAAGAAAGUAUGAAUUACUACACAUGGAGAAUAAUGAGAAUGUGACUGACUAUUUCAAUCAAGUGCAGAUAAUCAUUAAUCAGAUGAAAGCCAAUGGAGAAGUGAUGACUGAGGUGAUGAUCAUUGAAAAGAUUUCGAGGACACUAACACAAAGAUACGAUCACAUAAUGGUGGAAAUUGAAGAAUUAAAGAAUCUUGAUACAAUGAAGUUGGAAGAUCUGCAAAGCUCCCUAAAAGCUCAUGAAUUAAGGGUAAAAGAAAGAUAUAAGGCACACACACAAACACAGGCACUGCAAGCUCAGAUCAGCAAGAAGUCCAAUCAAGAUGGAGUAAAAAACAAGAAGUGGAAGAGCAAGUCAAAAUGGCACCAGAAACAAGAUCAAGAUGAGGAGGCUGGAGGUUCAAGAAAUGAAUGCAGAUCCAAGAAAGUACAAAGAGAUGAUGGUGAAGCUCAACUGACCCAGACAGACAGUUCUGACUCAAAUGAAGUGUUACUGAUGGCUUCUACAAGCAUGGAGGAUGAUUGUCCAGAAUUGUGGUAUCUUGACACAGGGUGCUCGAAUCACAUGACUGAACAUAAAGAUUGGUUUAUAAGUAUUGAUGAGAAGGUGAAGAGGGAAAUCAAAUUUGUAGACAACAACACAGUAACAACUGAAGGAGUUGGCAAUAUCUUGAUUCAAAGAAAGGAUGACAAAAAAUCUUUCAUAUGUGAUGUGUUUUAUGUGCCAAAUAUGAAGAACAAACUGCUAAGCCUUGAACAACUGCUGGAUAAAGGAUACUCUAUGAGUAUGGAGAAUGGACAAAAGAAGAUGUUUGAUAUUGAAAAUAGGCUUAUCUUGAAGACACCAUUGUCCAAUAACAGAACCUUCAAAAUUAAAAUCCAGAUCAAUGAAAAUCAGUGUCUUGUUGCAGAGAUCAGGAGGGAAGACUGGUCGUGGCACCAGAAGUUUGGACAUAUGAAUUUUAGAAGUCUUCAAAUGUUGUAG